UCACGCGGACUCGAACUUGUGACACACUUCUCUGUCUGUUCGUUCGAGGAGGAGGAGGAGGAGCGGAGCUGCGGAGCUUUUACGCACGAAGAGAAAGUGCUCGUUCUUUUUUAAUUGGUGCGUAAAAGUUGAGAGGAAAGUGCGAGGAGGGUUUUUUUUACUGUGGGGAAAGUUUUGAAAGUUGUGUUUUUGUGCUGACUGUGUUUCCGUGGACCUGUCAGCAGCUCCCGGGUGAACCACUGGAGGAAUGCGGAGCCGCUAGAACCGGGGAGCGGAGCUGGAAAGUUCACAUCGACUCGAUCCAACUUUUCAUUCGGAACCAAGGAUCAUGGCCACGGGAGGGUUCAAGCCCAACGCCACCGACUUCCUGGAGGAGUGGAAAGCGAAGAGGGAGAAGAUGAGAGCCAAGAUGCUGGGGGACAUCGCGGCAGCCACCGGGGCUCCUCUGGGCUCCGGCCCCGGGGCUCCACUGGGCUCCAGCCCGGGGAACACCGGCCGCCUCGCCGCGGGAGCCGGGCCGGGCACCGAGCUCCUCAACCACGGCAACCCGGAGCGAAGCGCCUCCUCCGGGAACUGCCUCCCCUCCUCCUACUCGGUGGCUCGGUCCUCCUCCGGCUCGGCGCUGAGGAGACCCGAGGAGGACGAGGUGCACCUCCCCGCUCCCCCUGCAGCCUCCCCGGACUCCAGCCACCUGAAGAAGGCCGAAGCUCCGUGCGCAUCCCCGGACUCCAGCCCCGCGAUGGCGUGCAACGACAGCGACAAGGAGAGCCCCUCACCCGGGAAGGGAAAGGAGAAGAAGAGCAGCGGCCCCAGCGCCAGGAAGGGCAAGGGGCAGAUCGAGAAGAGGAAGCUGAGGGAGAAGAGGAGAUCCACAGGUGUCGUCAGCAUGCCGUCCACCGAGAGUCUGGAUGAGCUGGACGACGACGAACCCCCAGGGGAGAAGGACAAGAGGGAGGAGGAGCUGGUCCAGGCCAACACGUUCCAGAACGAGGCCAUGGCUGCUGAUCCCGCCACCGGCCACUUACUGGACAGCCCGAGAUGCGGGAGCAGCCGGCACAAGAGCUCUGCAGGACCAGGGUCUGAGGAGGAGGUGGGGGGGAACAGCCGGCAGCGACACAACCGCCAGGGCCGAGACGGAGGAGCCGCGGCGCAGGGAGGUCUGGAGAAAAGGAUGGAGGAGCUGGAGAGGGAGCUGGCCAGAGAGCGCCAGGAGAGCGCCCGGCUGCUGAAGGCCCACGAGGACAAAGACGACCUCAUCGAGAAGCUGAGGGAGGAAAUCGACCUGCUGAACAGAGACCUGGACGACAUUGAAGAUGAGAACGAGCAGCUCAAACAGGAGAACAAGACUCUGCUGAAGGUGGUGGGUCAGCUGACCAGAGGUGAAACUGCAAAGUCCUGAGAGCCUCUCAGCCUUGAAUGCAUCGUGGUGAAAGCUGAGUGAAGCGCGGGGGGGCGGUGCUGACGCGCUCCUGACAGGAUAUACACAUAUUUAAUGUAAAUGUAUUGUAUAUAGGCCAUUUAGAUCUGUUCAUUAUUUUAGAUUUUUGAUAAGGUCUUAAAAAGCAAAAGUGAAUGAAUGUAUUUGCUGCGAGAACAAGCGACACAGAGUCUCUAAGAACUCGUUGACAGGCUAAAAAGAAAAGUCUUUUAAAAAGUAUUUUAGACAUUUCCACGUCUUUGCAAACAGCAGAUCUCCAGUGUUGUACUGCCUCUAGGACCAUGGAGGAUUCUUAAGGGCAGGCAGGAGAAAAAAUGAGGAGAAGACAAUUCUAUUUCAAUUAUUUUCAAGUUUUUUAAGACUAUAAAAUCACUUAUGUUAAAGAAAACACCUUGUGUAUAUGAAUUGGUGAAAUUUGUUCCGUUUAGGAGAAACAAGGAACAAAUGGUUGAGGGUAAAAACAAGGGUGAAUAUUUUUCCUCAGAUUUAAUUCCACUUAGUUUUUAAGAUUCUUUCUUUAUUCACUCGGUAAAAAGCUCUUCCUCUGAUUUAGUUUGACUUUAUUGUCAAAAUGCAAAAGAGAAAACAUUCUUCCUCCUCAUUUUUUCUAAGCCAGUCCCUGAUCCUCUUCCCUAGUUGGAAAUUUGGACCAAAUUCAACAUAAUUACUGCUUCAGUACCAUCAGCCAAAGUGGGCUUAGCGCCUUGCAAUGCAUGUGAGAUUUUUAUUUUUAUCAAAUCUUUAAAAAAUACAAUAAAAAUCUGGUUCUCCGGUGCCAGAUUUACCUUUUUUUUUCACCGAUUAUUUCUUGGUACAUUUGAAUCCCACUAGAACAUCUUAAAACCCGAAUGAAGAAAACUUAAAUUUGACGGCACAAGCAAGAAUUUCUACAAAUUGAAACGCUUUAUGCUUUUUUUAAUGUUAGCAUCUGAGUAUUAUGUCUGUGAUGAGAUGUUUUAGGAUGAAACCCUCGUCUAGUAUAAACUGUAUAUGGAUUCUCUUUCUUUCUUUUUUUUAAUUUGAUUUGCUCUUGUUUACAAGUUAAGGUCUUUUGCAAUAUGUGAUAGUGAGAUAGCUGCUCUGAUUUACGGCAUCUGCGAUGUGUGGAGUGAGCUACAGUGCAUCUUCGUAUGAUAACCAAAUGAACUGAAGGAUAUUUGAAAUGCAUCUCUUUCGUUUACUCAAGGGAACUAGUUCGGCUGGUUGCGGCAUUUUACUUUCUGUACUUAGAUCAUGUUAAAUCCAGCGAGGAGCCGCUCGCUGUGGCAAAUCAUCGAUAGACGAUCAAUAGACGACUCUGCUUCCACGUAUGCUCUCACUUGUUUUUUGUGUCUGCCUCCAAACCCGUCGCAGACAGAACAUCACAGACCCGUCUCUCCUUCCCAUUACAUUAUGCAUGUACAGAAGAUUAAGUCAUUUAAUAAAAGUUUGAUUAUCUCUCUCCUCAA